AUGUUGUCUUUUUAUUUCAUUCCUCUUAUCAGAGCCGACCAUAUUCUUGGCAUGCUCUCAGUAUAUCUCUCAAUUGGUUCUUGUCCAUCUGUAGACCUACUGUCCCCUCCGUCCCAGUCUGUUCAUAUCUCUCAGAAGGCCUCUUUGCAUCUCUCCCAGGCCGCACGUAGAACUAGGUACCUUUUCUAUUUUCUUCCAUUCUUGGGGGCACUUACUAUAUAUGUUUCCAUCUACAUCGGGGUCUGUUUAUAUCUUUCAGUAGAUAUGUCUUUCUUUCUGUCGAAGUCUCUGCAUGCCUCUCAGCAAAAGUCUUUUUCGUCUAUCUCAGUCAGUGACGUGCAGAGGUUUGGCUCUCUCAGUUUGUUCAAUAGAUGUCGCUUUCUGCUUCUCCCUUUCUGCUCAAAACUCUUAAAUCUUUCUCUCUGUUCCUAUCUGUUCUUGAAUUUCAGUGAAUCUAUCUUUUCGUCUGUUCAUGUUUAUCUCUUCAUGUCCAUCAGUAGAUCUGUUUUUAUUCCGUCCCAGAUUCUUCAUAGCUCCGAGUAUAUAUAUCUUCUCGUCGUUUCCAGGCACUUAUGUUUUUUUUUCUGCCUGUUCGAAUCUGUUCAUGUCUAUCAUUAA